GUUAGCUCUGUCAGUACUGUAAGUUAGAUGACCAGCCUCAGAGGGCUGCUGGACGCACGAGCCCAGCUGACGUCUGUAGUUUUUACAGCGAUACAGAGGAACGGAGAGGCGGUGGGAAUACGUAAAACCUCUGGUGGAAGAUAUCGGUGGAGAUGAGUAAUAAGUUACAUUGGACAAUAAGGACCUACCUGGCUGCCAGUCGUUCAACUGACAGCUGUCAACGCACCUAGCUGCACGGCUAGCUGGCUAGGUGAGCUAACGGCUAACAAGUGUUUUUUUGGGGGCUCAUAGCCUGGCUAAAUUAGCCAGCUAGUGCUGUGCGCGUCUCAGAGAGGAAAGCAACCAGUUCCGUUUGAAAGUUCACCCUUAUUAUUUUCUAUAUUGACUGCUUUCAUGUGAAUACUAUGAGCUAACCAAGGGGAGUCAGACUUUAAUGUUUGUAAUAUUUUUUGAAUUCCAGCUAGUUUGCUAGCAUUUAUCACUAAGCUAGCUCGCUGCAUUCAUUCAGUUACUGAAAAACAGCCACAGCUUUGAAACCAUCACCUCAGCGAGCGAGGACUGCUCAUUUACAGCCUUGUUGUAACAACACUAAAAGGAUUUCGGACUUGACUCCUGCGUUGGAUACCCCCGGGGAGAAAUGAAGAAAUUUUUUGACACUCGUCGGGAAUUGGUGAGCUCCGGGCCUGGACCCGGAGCCGGGGGAGGAGGCGCUGGUUCCGGCGGCGGUGGCAGCUUCAUCGGACGGGUCUUUACUAUUGGACGUUAUCAAGUGACGGUGGAGGAGAUAGUCGCAGAAGGAGGUUUUGCCAUAGUGUUUUUGGUACGGACUCAUCAAGGUGUACGGUGUGCACUAAAAAGGAUGUAUGUCAAUAAUGAGCAUGACCUGCAAAUCUGCAAACUUGAGAUCCAGAUAAUGAGGGACCUUGUGGGCAACAAAAACAUAGUUGGUUUCCUGGACUCCAGCAUAACUGCAGUCGGAGCUGGUGAUGUAUGGGAAGUCUUAAUCUUAAUGGACUUCUGUAGAGGGGGGCAGGUUGUUAACCUGAUGAACCAGAGGUUACAGACAGGUUUCACUGAGGCCGAGGUCUUACAGAUCUUUUGUGACACGUGUGAAGCAGUUGCUCGUCUCCACCAGUGCAAGACUCCAAUCAUCCAUCGAGAUCUCAAGGUGGAAAAUAUUCUUCUGCAUGAUCGGGGACAUUACGUGCUCUGUGAUUUUGGAAGUGCCACAAACCGCUUCCAAAACCCUCAGACAGAGGGAGUACCAGUGGUGGAGGAGGAAAUCAAAAAAUACACUACUCUGUCAUACCGCGCUCCAGAGAUGGUCAACCUUUACGGUGGAAAGGUCAUCACAACAAAAGCAGACAUUUGGGCCAUGGGUUGUCUACUUUACAAACUGUGUUACUUCACACUUCCUUUUGGCGAGAGUCAAGUUGCAAUCUGUGAUGGAAGUUUUACUAUCCCAGAUAAUUCACGCUACUCCCAGGACAUGCACUGUCUCAUCAGAUACAUGCUGGAACCUGACCCUGAUAAGAGACCAGACAUCUACCAAAUAUCCUACUUUGCCUUUAAACUGGCUCGACGAGAGUGUCCAGUCCAAAAUGUACAUAAUUCCCCCAUUCCUGCAAAACUUCCUGAGCCUAUCCGAGCCAGUGAAGCAGUGGCCAAAAAGAGUCAAACCAAAGCCAGGCUCACAGACCCUGUUCCAACACUGGAAACCUCAAUCGCACCUCGGCAACGACCCAAGGCUGGCCAGGCUCAGCCUCAACCAAUAUCAGGCAUUCUCCCAAUUCAGCCAACUCUCACCCCACGCAAAAGACCCAACAUGGCUGCUGGAGCACCACAGGCCAUAGGUGUUGGCGUCCCACCUCCAGCUGCAGCUGCUGUCCAACCUGCUCAACAGAAUCCUGCUGCACCACAGCAAGCUCAGAUAGCCAACAUGCAGCCACAGACUGCACAGCAGCACCAGCAGCUCCUCAUGAAGCAGCAACAAGCCUUCUUAAGCCCGCAGAGUAACCAGCAGAACCUCCACCACCAGCAGCAACAUCAUACAGUGUCUCAGGCCUUCAGCAAGCUGCAGCCCAAAGCCAAGCCUGUUCCUCCAGUGAAACACCAGCAGCAUGUAGUCCAUGAAACAACAGCAUCUCAACUGACAUCCAUCCCAGAGUCGGCAUUGGUCGACCCAGAGGCCGUGACGGCUGGCAGAGGGCUGCAAAAGGUCGGCUCCCUCACACCCCCCUCUUCACCAAAGAUGGCCCCUAAAAGCGGCCACAGACGAAUCCUGAGCGAUGUCACUCACAGCGCUGUGUUUGGAGUCCCAGUCAGCAAGUCCACCCAGCUCCUCCAGGCAGCCGCAGCUGAGGCCAGCCUCAACAAGUCCAAAUCAGCCAGCACUACACCUUCUGGCUCCCCCUGUUCAUCCCAGCAGAGUGUGUAUCAUCCAGGUGACAGUGAUGCCCAGUCGGCCCUCGCUGCACCCAUCUCUGCACCCAGCUGGAACCCCUUUGGCGAUGAUAACUUCUCCAAGCUUACAGCAGAGGAGCUUCUAAACAAAGACUUUGCAAAGCUAGCUGAGACAGCUGCACCAGGAGAGAAAGUCACCGGCUCAAAUGAAAAUCUCAUUCCAGGGCUCAAUGCUUUCCCAGAUGAAACAACUACCUGCAUCAUGGGUGCAGGUUCAGCUUUGUUGACAGUCCAGGACCCUUUAAAUACCAUCUUCCUCUCUGAAACCACAGUGGAUUCAUUGAUUCCUGGUCUGGAAGCCCCACAUGCUCAGAGACAUUCAUGCCAGCCGGAGCUCAUCUCUACCAGCAUGCCAGAUUCUCUCACUGGGGACGACUCUCUGCUGGGUUGUGAUCUGUUAUCUCACACUUCCCCUCAUGGAAACCAGUCUGUCUCUGCUCUCGCUUCCUCCUGCUCCUCUGCUCCUCCUGGCUCUGGAUCCUGUCUGGAGGAGCUGCAGCCUGCUCAUACAGCUUCUGACUGUGCUCUCCUCAUGUCGUGUGGGGAGAAGGGCAAUGACGACGAGUUUGACCCUAUUCCUGUGCUCAUCUCCAAAAACUCAAAUCAAGAUGUUCAAGGGGAGAGUAACGGCUACACUGUACUCAGUGAAGGACAAGAGACCGAACCCGUAGAAGGAGAUCUUCCAGAAAACGAGGGAUGUGUUCACUCCAGCGAUGAAGAUGAAGAGAAAGAAAGCCGUAAGGACGCGCAGCAGGAUGGAGGAGGGAAUGAGAGUAGUGUUGCAGCUCAUGACUGUAGCGGCUCCAGACCGCUGCUGAUGGACUCAGAGGAGGAGGAAGAGCAGUUAGCACCUCAAUCAUCAGUGGCACCGACAAAACCAUCCACUACCUUUCACCAACCUACUCCUGGCACCUUUGCUCAGAAUCAUUCCCAGCAAGCACAUGAACCAGCAAAGGCCGCCGAAAUCACUGCAGAUGUUUUCUCAAAAGCCCCCUUCCGGAUCGGGCAAGAUGACUCGAGCGAUGUGUUCGCCAAUGCUCCAUUUCCUCACGCACUGCUGAAUGCUCAGCAGCAACUCGACGUUUUCUCUCAGGCUCCCUUCGGGAAAAGAAAGGAUGCCACUGGAGCUCAGCCCAAAGCCGUGUUUCCUCAUGCAGGAGGCGUUCAUGCUGCUGCCCCUGAUCAAGGUACGUUGGGACAAGUAGCCCAACAACCUUUCCGCCCACAAGCUUUGGCCAAAUACUCCCGACACUUUGAGGGACCCCUGCCCCAGCAGCCAGUAGCAGCUCAUAGAGUGGUUUCCAGCGUGAGCAGACAAGGUAUUGUGGCUUCAGUCCCUGUUGGACCUCUUCACUCUUGGACCUCAGAAGCGAGCCCUGUUGACCCUUUUGUCUCUGCGCCGUUUCACCUCAAGGCCCCGCAGGAAAAGCCUUGAAUGCACACUCAAAGAGGAGGAGGGCAGUGGGUAUCAACGCAGCUGAAUUAUGCAAAUAAAACAGGCACGCUGCAUGCUGUUACCAGCGCUGCAGCUGGACUGCAGGCCUGCAUGGAUCUCAUUCCUUUAUAUCUCCAACUAGCUCUGAUAGUGCAAAGUCAUCUCCACACUUGAAUUCAUCUUUAGAGUAAGAAAACAAGUCAAGACUCUUAGUGUCAUUUUAGUUUUGUUUUCCUGUCACAAAUUUGACCGUGCGGUACCGACAUCUUCUCAAAGACAAUGGGGUGGUCAAGCAUUUGAUUGUUUUCUUGCCUACCUCAGUUGCAUUGUGUGUCAAUGCUACAACUCCACACAGCUUCAUUUCCUGUGUUUGAGGGUUUUUUUGUAGAACUACAAACUGGAAAUGCUGCAAUCCUUCAUUUUAUUAGUUCUCAGAAAGGAACGAUUCAGCUUGAAUCAGAAGAUCGUAACUCCACAGAAGCUUGGAAGAGGAAAAACACUGUAGCACAUCAGCAGACUCAACUCUGUUUUGAUAUUUUUGUUGCAAGAUGAUUCAGAGGAGUAAUCAGACAAGAAAUCUGUACAUGGCCUUAGAAUAAUGCCCUCAAAAGUAAUAUUUUGGGCUCUGUGCUUGAUAGUUUAUUAUGAAGCAGAUGCUGGAUAAAGAUGCAAACUCACUUAAAGUGUAACAGUUUAUAUCUAACUUUUUGUCUCAUCCUAAAUAUAUUUUUGGCAUUUGUUAUGUUUGUGGUUGAUGUCCUUUCUAAAAAUACAGAACCCUUAAGCGGACAUACAUUCAUAUGUUUUAUUUUACAUUCCUUUUCCUAUGAUAGGAAGUAAAUUUUGUCUUCUUCCAGGAGAUCUUUACUAAUUCAUCUUAUCUCGGGCUGAGUUUCCACAUCAUGGUUUCAUUCUUUAAAUUAUCAAGAAAAACACUGAAACUAACUUGUAAGAGAAUGAGAUUUUCUGGUAGAGAUCUCCAGGAAACUACCAAAAUCUACUCUUGAUCAUGUGAAAUUGAUGAAAACUAAAUUGUAUGAAUGUAUUUGUUCUUAGGGCUUCUGUAGAUAAAGGUGGAAUAUCUGUGUUUUAUUCCAUGUUAUGUUUAUACCAUAUAUAUAAAUGUUAGGCCUAAAAAAAUCAUCUUAGUUGUUCCUUUAUGUUUAAGACUCACUUUUGUGUUUGUUACUCUAACAGACGGUAUUUCUGAAGCCUUACACUCUUAUAGUUCUCUCUCCGAGCACAUCAAACAGCAGAAAUCACAUU